AUGGGGAUCCCCUCAUUCCUAGCCUUCCCUGCUGCCUGGAGGAACCGAGCUCACUGCAUGCCCUGGCAUCCUUGGGGCCACAUGCUACUGUGGACAGCUCUGCUCUUCCCGGCUCCUGUUCCUGGGAAACCUGAUCUCCCAAAAGCUGUGGUGAGCAUCCAGCCUGCGUGGAUCAAUGUGCUCAGGGAGGAUCACGUGACGCUGAUGUGCCAGGGGACCAGCUUCUAUGCAGGCAACCUCACCACGUGGUUCCAUAACGGGAGCUCCAUCGACACCCAGAACCAGCCCAGCUACAGCUUUAGGGCCAACAGCAAUGACAGUGGAUCCUACAGGUGCCAGAGGGAGCAGACCAGCCUCAGCGACCCCGUGCAUCUGGAUGUGAUUUCUGACUGGCUGCUGCUCCAGACCCCCAGCCUCGUGUUCCAGGAAGGGGAGCCCAUCAUGCUGAGGUGCCACAGCUGGAGAAACCACCCUCUGAGUAAGAUCACGUUCUACCAGGAUGGGAAAUCCAAGACAUUUUCCUAUCAGCGCUCCAACUUCUCUAUCCCACAUGCCAACCUCAAUCACAGCGGCCAGUACCACUGCACAGCAUUUCUCGGGAAGACGCCACACUCGUCACAGCCCGUGAACAUCACUGUCCAAGAGUCCAGCUCGAGUGACCCCUCGUCGACGACGACAGCUGUGGCUAUAGGCGCUUGUUUUGCUGCAGUGGCUAUUGUUGCUGCCAUAGCAGCCUGGUUCCGCCUCAGGAGAAAGCCAAUUUCAGCUCUCUCAGGAACCCCUGAGCACAGGGAAAUGGGGGAGACCCUCCCUGAGGAACCAGCCGGUCUCACUGAUGCUGAAACUGAUGCCGCCAGAACUGAGGCUGAGAACACAAUCACCUAUUCACUCCUCUCGCACCCGGACGUUGCAGAGGAAGAACCAGAGUCCGAUUACCAGAAAUGCCUUUAGUUUUCGUUGUCUUGCCUGGGAGUUGGGGAAGUGAAUCGUAGAGGCCAGGAUCUGGUGUCUUCUGGCCUGAACUCCUCUUAGGGAGGAGAAAAGGAUACU